AUGACGAUUCAACGAAAGCUUAUCCUGGCUAUUCUGGUUACGGUAGCUGCUGCUGACAAUAUGACAUGGACCGAGAAACAAGAGUACUGUAGAAUUGGGUCGAACGAUUUGAACACUUGUGAGACGUGUGUUGGUAAAGGAUCGCAAUGCUUCUGGUGCGGAGGAAAAACCAAAAAAUGUAUGCCAUUCGACUGGUACUACCCCGACUGUAACAUCAAGAACGUCAAGUACAAUGUCUGUUGGGUGAGCACCUCCGCCGCCGCCAUCGUCAUUGCCAUCUGCGCCGGCAUCAUUGCCGUGAUUUUGAUCGCUUGCGUUUGCUAUUGUUGUUGCAAGUGCAAAGAAUACAAUCGGAUUCACAAGAAAGCAAAAGCUCAGAAAUGGAAUGACAAGAGGAUGACAGCUCAAAGAGAGAUGGAAGAUCGACAAAGUGUGCGAUCCGAUCAACGAAAAGCCGAGUUGGAAGCCUAUCGAAUGAAAUAUAAUAUUCCAGCCAAAGACGAUGGAAAAGUUUAA